AUUGAGUGAUUGCCUCUACGGCUCUACGCUACGUACGUACGUGUGAAGGUCGAGCUGUUCAUUCAUCCCUUGAGUAAUUGUUCAUUGAUGGAUCUUCCAUGGAGUGGAUCGCUCGCUCGCCGCCUGCUUCCUGGCUAUAUACACACCCUCGCCAUGGCUGCCGCUCCCUCACUUCGCUUGUGGUUGUUGUCGCAGAGGUGCAGCGGGUAGAUAGAUAGGUGGAGAUGGUCGCCAUGGAAGGAGGUGGUGGAGGGAGGCUGCUGCUCCGCGUUCUCAUCGUCUGCGCUGGGGCGCUGAUGGCGGCCGCUGCGGAGGGAGGCGGCGGCGGCGGCGGGGACACGUCGGUCGUCUUCGUCGUCGGCAUGGCCCAGUGCGCCGGCUGCGGGAGGAAGAGCUUGGGCGCCGAGGCGGCGUUCAGGGGCCUCAAGGUCGCCAUCACGUGCAAGAACGAGAGCAAGGCCGUCGCCAGCCUCGACGGCACGGGCGCGUUCGAGGUGCUCCUCCCGGCCGACGCCGGCGCCUCCGAGUGCCUCGCGCAGCUCCAGAGCGCGGCGAGCGGCGCGCCGUGCCCCGGGCAGGAGCCGUCGAGGAUCGUGCCGCUGCUGGCCGAGGGCACCUUCGUCGCCGUCGCUGGCAAGGCGGCGCGAGGUGGGACGUCGGCGGCGCCCGAGUGCGCGGCGGCCAACAUCUGCUUCCCGUGCCACGCGUUCGGCAGGAAGCCCUUGUUCGCGCACCGGCGCAUGAAGCCCAUGCCGGUGUACGCUCCGCCCGUGUACGGGACGCCGGUGCCGGCGUGCCUUUGCACCCCUACCCCGGCCCCGGGGUGCCAGUGCCCUUCUGCCAUGCCGGUUUACGGGACGCCCGUGCCGGAAUACUACCCGCCUCCAGCCCCGGAGUACGGGACGGCGACGCCGGUGUAUGCUCCGCCAGUGUACGGGACGGCGACGCCGGUGUAUGCUCCGCCCACCGUGCCCGUGUACGGUACGCCGACGCCCGUGUAUGCUCCACCGGUGUACGGGACGCCGACGCCCGUGUAUGCUCCGCCCACGGCGCCCGUGUACGGGACGCCGACGCCGGAUUGCCCUCCUGAGGCGCCAGAGUACGGGACGCCGACGCCCGUGUAUGCUCCGCCCACGGCGCCCGUGUACGGGACGCCGACGCCGGACUGCCCUCCCGAGGCGCCGGAGUACGGGACGCCGACGCCGGUGUACGCUCCGCCCACGGCGUCGAGAUGCCUGUGCACGCCUACUCCAGAGCCGGGAUGCCAAUGCCCUUCCACGAAGCCGGCGUACGGGACGCCGACGCCGGUGUACGCUCCGCCCACGGCGCCGAGAUGCCUGUGCACCCCGACCCCGGAGCCGGGAUGCCAGUGCCCCACUCCAACCCCCACGCCGGUCUACGUGGCGCCGCCGACGCCGCAGCUCCCUCCCCCCACGCCGGUGUACGGGACUCCAUCGCCGGUAUACGCUCCACCCACGGCGCCGGUGUACGGGACUCCAUCGCCGGUAUACGCUCCACCGACGGCGCCCGUGUACGGUACUCCAUCCCCGAGAUGCCUCUGCACCCCGACCCCCGCGCCGGGGUGCGAGUGCCCUGCUCCCACCCCCACGCCAGUCUACGGCACGCCAGCACCGACGACGUACCCUCCUGCCGCUCCGGCGUACCCACGGCCGGCGCCGGAGUACGGAGCGCCGCCGGCGCCAGAGUGCCCGCCAGAGUACGGCACGCCCAUCUACACUCCUCCGGGCCACCAGUAGUUCUAUCAAUGCAUGGUAGCACUCUGACAUUACGAGGGUACAUUCUGAGGGGAAUAAAAGGUUGUGAGACUGAUUAAUGGCGGCCAGCUUUGAUGACGAUGGAGCAUGCUCGUGUACGCUGUACGUACUUUCCAAAUUGUUUGCAUUUGGCAAUGGACACAGGAAGGUGUAUGUUCAUGCGUGAUGUGACGUUCUCCCUAGGAAGAACUAUACUCACUGGUCA